AUGUCGGCACGAAGCGUCUUGAAAUCAACAAGAGCUCUACAUCUGCUUGCAGGAACUGCUAGCCGUGUCCCACCCAGAAGCUGCGCUCCAGUCUUUCGCACGUCCCUCACCGCGCACGACUUUUGCACCUCCCAGACAUCCCACAGCACCAAAGCCUUCACUGCCAACGAAUCUUCAAAGAUGUCUUCACAAAGCGCAAAGGUUCUCAAGGUCAAGCCUCUUGAGGAUUCCGAGGCCAAGUGGGUUGGUCUCCGCGCCAUUGAGUGGGUAGACCCGACUGGCAAGCAACGCAAGUGGGAGUCUGCCGACCGCAAGACCCGAAAAGGUGACGUCGACGCAGUCGCCAUCAUGACCAUCAUCCACCGCCCCUCUUCCGAGCCUCACCUCCUGCUCAUCUCUCAAUACAGACCACCCGUAGGCAAGAGCUGCAUCGAAAUGCCCGCCGGCCUCAUAGAUGCCGGAGAAGAAGGCGAUGAAGGAACCAAUCGUGCAGCUCUGCGAGAGUUGGAAGAGGAGACAGGAUACGGAACCGACAAGGAAGGCGGCAAGGUCAAGAUCGAAGAGACAACUCCAACCAUGCACAACGAUCCUGGCUUGACUGGCGCCAACAUGAAGCUGGUGGUGGUCAACAUCGAGCUCAGCGACGAUGCGGCUGAACCAGUCGCCAAACCAGAGGAGGGAGAAUUCAUCGAAAAGUACUUGGUACCCGUAAAGGGGCUUUAUCAGAGUCUGAAAGACUUCCAAUCGAAGGGCUUUGCUGUUGAUGCCCGUCUAGCGCAUCUUGCGAUCGGGCUCGAGGUCGGUUCCGGCAAGAUGGGUCGUUUGUAG